AUGGCUAAAAUUGUUGCCGAGAUGGAAGAAGAUGGUGAAGACGAAGAAACGUCACAACCAAGAACGAGGGCCACGGUGUUAAAUAGAGAUCGCGAAGAUUCCAACAAUGAUUAUAACGUUCUUUCAAGAUCUCAUAUUUUCGACGAUAUUAUUAGAAGUACGGGUCCUCAUUCUUCUUUCAAGCUCAAUGAGGUGUCAUACAAGCAUGGUUAUUACCUAGGCGAAGUUAUAUACCCAUCCUAUAUGGCUAUAGUUAAAACUAUUCCUGAACCGGGUGAUGAAAAAACAAAAAAGUUUGCAAAGUGCCAAGAAUCGGCAAGGAAAGAUGUUGAACGAUUGUUUAGUGUGAUAAAGAUAAAAUGGGUGAUAAUUCAACAACCGGCCCAUGCAUUUGAACAAAAAAAAUUGAGAUCCAUUAUGUAUGCUUGUUUAAUUCUUCAUAACUUGAUUAUUGAAGACGAUGGUCGAGCAAUGUGCGUAUACGAUCCAAAUGACGUUCAAGAGAAUGUUGAGCCAGUUGACGAGGGAAAACAACAACCAAAUUUGUGGGCGCUACGCAGUAAGUACGUGCAUGGAAACCUAUGUGCGGAUUUCAUCGACUAUAUUUAG